UUCGGUAGUGGCAGCUGACUGCUCCAUUUCGAUCGAGCAAGCUCACUCCGCUUGUCAUGUGAUCGUUGCGAGCAGCGCCUCUCGAUUGUGGGUGCAUUUUUAUUUUUAUUUUUUUUUCAAAUGUGCUCGGGUUUGCGUUUGCGGAGGCACCGGGAAGCUCUGUAUCGCUCGAGUUCGUGGGCCGCCGUAGAGAGCGCUGUGAAGCCAGUGGGGGAGAGGCGAGGAGGAGAAUUUGUUUGGGCUUGGGGUGUGGAUGAAGAGGAGGUUGAGGGUGAGAUGGCCUGGUAAUUUUGGGAAUGGUGACAGGUUUCGAGAGAUUUUAGAGCCUGGAAGCAGCACAGAGGGGCACUACAGACUGCCUUUGCGAGUUUUGAAGGGGUUGUUGGUGUGAAGGGGUUCCAGAGAAAAUGAGUCUAGUGGUGAAUAUGCAACAGCGGCGGACGGUCGCUGAUGGGAGACAGAACCAGGAUCCCAACACGAUUGUCUUCUCAGUAUCUCCCGCGAAGCGGCGGACUUCGAAAAGGCUGCAAAUCAGCCUCGAAAAAUCCUCUCAAGACGACCCUAAUAAUUCGAAGAACACGGCUGGGCGAGGUGGACAGAUGGUUCUCUCAGCACUUCAGAAAAAGCAGCCGACCCAGCAAAAAAUAACUCUAGAAAUUUCUCGUCCUGCCGUGGUUACGCCUGAACUGGAAGGAGGCAAACGUUCUAUCUUUGAUAUCCGAAAGAGACAAUUGGAUGAGGAUGAGUCGAGAGCUCCUUUGUCUGUUCUCGAUGCCUCUAAACAUGAUGGAGUAGACAACGACUGGACCACUGCCAGUCCAGCCAAACCCACAUCUAAAGGGGGGACACAUGUGUAUAGGAAAAGGUCAAAGACUGGAACAACACCGCCGACACCUUCUCUGAGGUCGUUUGGUAGACGGCAAGUGACCAAGGAGGCAUCGCCGCCUCCCCUACCCCCACCAGCGUUUGCACCCAAGAGUCUCUCAGUGGGAGAUAAGGAUAAUUCUGAAUCGCAGGCAUUGAUGCCCACCGGUGAGCAAGUUGCGGUAAUGGACAUCUUGCAACCUGUCAGAAGGCAACUUCUGUCACCCCCGAAAGCACGAGAGGAAAGUGAUCUUUACGGCUCCUCUGCCACUACCAAUAAUAUGGAUGUGGUGACCUCUUACGCACUGCUCGGGGACUCGGAAACUCAAGUUCUUGGGUUUGAAAACCAAAUUUUCUCUUUCAUUCCGACUAGCCCUAGGAGGAUGCACGGACUGAUGAACCUUGGGAACACCUGCUACAUGAAUGUUAUCAUUCAAUGUCUUUACAACACAUCUAGUUUUGUGGAUGGCAUGGAGCGUUUUUUUGGUCUGCAUGUGAAGCAGAAUCAUUCAGAGGGCUCCGAACCUUUCUCCUACCAAGAUGCCGAAAGUGUACAUGCUGCCUUGCUUAAAGUCUUCCGAGACUUGAAGCAAGCUGGAAGAUACGAAUAUGUGAAUCCCUCUGUUGUCAAGCAUGCAUUUGCGAAGCACCAAUCCAGUUUCUGGGGUUGCAUUCAGCAGGAUGCGCACGAAUUCUUUUGUAGCCUGAUUGAUCGUGUUCAAGAGGAAGUUUCUUCUGAACUCAAGAGACAGUUCCCAAUAGAUGCCAAUCAGCCCAAGCUGGAUACCGUGUGUCCAACAACACAGAACUUCAGCUGUUCAGUAAGGAAUAGUUUGACGUGCACUGGAUGUGGGAAAGUAUCAUCCUUGGAGGAAACUUACCGAGACUUCUGCCUGGCAUUGCCAGAAGAUGAGAGAACCCAUGCAUCUAAGAAUUGCAGUCUGGAAUCAUUGUUGAAUCUAUAUUUUCAGGAGAUCACUAUGUCUCGUAAGUGUGAAGACUGUGGUGUAGAGGUUACAAAGGCCAAGGCUCAAUUCCUGAAACUACCUCAUGUGUUGGUGCUCCAAUUGAAGCGUUUACACAUGGACUGUGACGUUCCAUGCACUAAAGUUACAGCCCCUGUGAAGUUCACCCCUCGGCUUGAUGUUGGACCAUGGUGUGCUCCAGACAAACAGAAGUUCUGGAGUCCCGUUAGUGACGAUGUCCAGAACUUUGAAAGAAAAGAAUCGGUGGCAUCCCCCUGUUCUACACAGAAUGGGCUCGGUAUUGUCAGUCAAGGAAAUAUCGACUGUGAAUCCCAAGAGUUGCAUGCUCCGUUGAGAACAAAUGCAGAUGUAGGUACCAACUACCGGUUAUAUGGGGUUGUGAACCAUUUGGGGUUCACCGCUUCAGGUGGUCAUUUCUUUGCUGAUACCUAUGAUCCCGAAGGUGACAGAUGGCUCAGAUGCGAUGAUUCAUUUGUCACUGACGUAUCAGAAGACUCAGUUCUGGCCAACGUGAGGGAGGCGUACAUGUUUUUUUAUGUGCAUGAGCCUGUCUCAUCGAUUUCCUAGUGAUGCGUUUUGUCAUGUGGCUACUCUGUGAGCCUGAUGUAGCUGUAACAUUAUAGAGUAUGUACUAUCUACAUACAUUCUUUUUGUACAGAAAGGGAGGUAAAGCAAGCGUUUACAGGUAGAUUAGCCAACGGAGAGUAAAAACAUUUUCAUGAGAUUAAAUGUCUUCGAUGUACCGUGUACGCACGGACGAUACACUUCAAGUUGUACGAAAUAAACAAAGUGAUAUAGAAUUGUUACAAAUGA